AUGGAUACUCAGCAGAGUAGGCACGUAGUGCUCGAGGACACGUCAUCUGAUUUAGUGGCACCACCUGUUAUACAUGUUCAGAUACCAGCUACACAGACGUUUCCUACUGUUUUGCAUGAUCAUGCUGCUAUCAUUCCACCCAUUGUCACACCAGUUACCAUUAUUGAGGAUCCUCGUUCUCGUAUGGACAGACUCGAGCGGAGGAUUGGACAGAUGAGAGAUCCUGAUGAGAUGAUUUCAUGGGAUGACUCUGUCGACGUGUCAGUGGCCACUUUGCCAGUCGGUUUCAGGAUGCCUGAUAUAGAGAGAUAUACGGGUGUUGGAUGUCCUCGUAUUCAUCUCAAACUUUAUAGCACAGUUAUGAGGGCUCUUGGCCUAGAUGAGGCACAGUUGCUCUCUUUGUUCCCAUUAUCAUUGAGCGGCAUGACACAGAGAUGGUAUGCUUCAUUAGAGUCAUCUCGUCGGAGAACUUGGGAGGACUUAGCACAAGAGUUUCUGAGACAGUAUUCAUUUAGUGGUGAUACGAGCGUUACACGUAGAGAGCUCGAGUUUCUGAGACAGGGAUCAGAUGAGCCUAUUUCUUCUUUUAUCUCCCGUUGGAGGGAGAAGGCUGCAGAGAUGAUGGAGCGACCUACCGAGAGAGAUCAGAUGAGCAUGUUUUUGAGGAAUGAUGGCAUUUCUAAAGGAUUAUGGUCAGAUAUUAGUCCUUCUCCAGAUACUGAGGGAAAGGGAGUCGUUGGAUCGUCUGAGAGCUAUGGAGGCGUAUGUUUUGCAGACUUUCAGCAUCGACGACCUGGUUAUCAUCCCUAUGCGGGAUCAUUGCAGAUACCCAGGAGUGAUUUCCCACCCUUACAGCAUCGCCAUCCUCAGUCAGUUCAGCAGUACCCUUCUGUGCAUCCUCAUACUGUCACGGUGCGACCUUCAUUUCAGUUUCAGCGUCCACAGACUAGUAUCCCACGGCAUGAGCAGUCUCGUCCCCAUCGGCGACAUCAGAGGACUUAUUCUGAUUUGGGGAUGCCUUUGGAUAGAGCUUUUGAGCGACUCAGAGCUACUGGUUUUUUAGUACCAUUGGCCCCUAGGCCACCCCCGAGUACCUUACCUCCGUGUUUUCGUGCUCACGAGUUCUGUGCAUUUCACCAAAUGGCAGGCCACCGUACUGAUUAUUGUGCUUCUCUACGUCAUACCAUACAGGAUCUUAUUGACAGUGGUGCAGUUAGCUUUCCUGUAUCGACUACAGAUACUGAUCUUGGUCCAGAUAUGAUUGCUGAUUCCUUUCCAGCCUAG